AUGCCUGACAAUUCUAACCAGCUGUCCAGCUCGAUAAUAGAAAGGUCGGUGUCAUUUCACCCGAAUGCAUCCUACCUUCUGGUUGGUGGGCUGGGAGGAUUGGGACGAGCAGUAGGGGCACGUCACCUAGUGUUUCUUUCUCGAAACGCAGGAUUUGCUGAGGACGAUAAGGAGUUUAUAUGCGAGCUCGAGGCUGCAGGGGGUAGUGUGGCAAGCCUUGCGGACCUUCAAAACGCCGGAGUCCUGCAAAUGUCACUGUGCUUGAAAGAUGGCGUCCUUGCCGGAAUGAGCUAUGAGGAUUGCCAGGCAUCAAUGGCCCCCAAGGUCCAGGGUACAUGGAACUUGCACGAGGCGGUCGCAAGGGAAGAUUUGGACUUCUUCGUUCUAUUUAGCUCUGGUUUCUCACGAUACCGUCGCCAGCUUGGUCUGCCAUCCUCAGUCUUGGUGCUAGGAGCCGUUGGCGAAGUCGGCCUGAUCAGCCGACAGCCAAAACUCCUACAGUCAAUGUUGGCACGUGGCUUUUGGAUGAGGAUGAGGUCUGAGGGGCUUGGAGAUAUUUUUGGCCCUCCGAGCAGACCAAAUAUCAUGCUCACAGAAGAAUCUCGCAGCCUUAUUAUACAGGAAACCGUUCGCUUGAUUUCCUCGUCACUCAUCGGAUCGCAGGAUCUCGACGAAGGACAGAAAUGGGGGAUGCCAAUUGAUUCCCUUGCUUCACUCGAAAUCAAGAGCUGGGUGCGGCGGAAUAUGAAUAUCGAUGUUAGUGUGGCUGAGUUUGCUGAAUCGCAAACGGUUGGAGGGCUGGAGCUCAUGACUGCAGAUCGCAUGGUAGCGCAUUACAAGGCUUGA